AUCGCCGACAGCUGAUUCUCAGUAUAGGCAAAAAGAAAAUUCAUUUCACAACGUUAAAUAAAAUAAAUAAGAGGCCAUAAAAGUUGUGAGCAAUAAAUGUUUAAUUUUAUUGCUAUCAGUGGUAUUUGUAUUUAAUAAAUUUGUAAAAACAGCAAUGUCCAGCAAGCACAUGUGGCAGAAAAACAUUAUAUCAUUAAUAGAUCGCCGAUUAUCCGGACUGAUGGCGGAGGCAGCAUCCUGUGCCCGAAAGGGGACCAAGUACGCCGAGGGCACCCAGCCCUUCACCGUCCUCAUCGAGGGCAACAUCGGCAGCGGGAAGACCACGUAUUUGAACCACUUCGAGAAGUACAAGAACGACAUUUGCCUGCUGACCGAGCCCGUCGAGAAGUGGCGCAACGUCAACGGGGUAAAUCUGCUGGAGCUGAUGUACAAAGAUCCCAAGAAGUGGGCCAUGCCCUUUCAGAGUUAUGUCACGCUGACCAUGCUGCAGUCGCACACCGCCCCAACCAACAAGAAGCUAAAAAUAAUGGAGCGCUCCAUUUUUAGCGCUCGCUAUUGCUUCGUGGAGAACAUGCGACGAAACGGCUCGCUGGAGCAGGGCAUGUACAAUACGCUGGAGGAGUGGUACAAGUUCAUCGAAGAGUCCAUUCACGUGCAGGCGGACCUCAUCAUAUAUCUGCGCACCUCGCCGGAGGUGGCGUACGAACGCAUCCGGCAGCGGGCUCGUUCUGAGGAGAGCUGCGUGCCGCUUAAGUACCUUCAGGAGCUGCAUGAGUUGCACGAGGACUGGUUGAUACACCAGAGACGACCGCAGUCGUGCAAGGUCCUAGUCCUCGAUGCCGAUCUGAACCUGGAAAACAUUGGCACCGAGUACCAGCGCUCGGAGAGCAGCAUAUUCGACGCCAUCUCAAGUAACCAACAGCCCUCGCCGGUUCUGGUGUCGCCCAGCAAGCGCCAGAGGGUCGCCAGAUAACCAUUAUCCCAUUAGUACCUAAUUGUGUGUAGUACAGACGUUUAAAAUAAUAUUAUAAGAGGCCUAGACGAGCCGAUUCGCGGGACAAAGGCAGAAACUUACACUUCGAGCCAAUGAUUAACACAUUCGUAUAUUAACAAUUAUAAUCCACAUUAUAUUCUCUUCACAGCAACUAGUAUGUAAGCUCAAAAUAUUGUAAUAAAAACUGUGAAUGUUUAUGUUAAAGGCAAGGCACCUACUAUUUUUGUGUUAGCAUUUCAGUUCACUUGCAUUUUAACUAUAUUGUGUUGGA